AUGGAGAAUUUUCUCGGUUCAUGGCUGCUGGAGAAAAACGAAAAGUUUGUUGAAUUUUUGUAUUGUCUUGGUGUGCCCUACCUCGUUUGCAAAUUCGCCAACUGGCUGCCCACGACAAUCAAUAUAUGCCAGGAGGCAGGGGAGUAUACCAUUGAGACCGUAACCACCUUCAAAAGAACGAAAGCGAGAUUCAAGCCUGAUGAGCCGUUUGAGGAAACUAGCAUGGGUGAUACGAAACUCAAGGUUUGCUUAUUCAUUUGCUGAACAUAUCUUCGAAAACCAGUCGCUGAUUACACUGGAAAACGGAGUACUUCACUACCAUCAGGUUGGAAAGAAGGAGGUUAACAGUACAUGGGAGCUUGAUGGUGAUACUCUGAAUGUUGUAAGUUGGCAGAAUAGCAGCAUAUUUUCCGGGAAAUUCAAUGUCCGUUUUCCUGACGGCCAUGAGGGUUUCAAGCUUGUUUACUUCCCAAUGAGUAUUUCCAUGACUCAUGUGAAUUAAUGAAAAGCCUCUGAUUUUGUAUCAUUCUAGUCAUGCAUUACUAUCUUGUCCUUUAUAAUUGACUUGGUAUUGAAGAGCUUGCCGAACAACUCAUUUCCGACGUGAUUAAACGGACCCCUCGCAACCACGUCAGGCCUCGGCAAAAACCGGUAAAACGCGUGUACAGUGCGUGACCGAUCUCACGAAAUGUUAGCCAAAAUUCUGGAAUGUGUUUCCGAUUAGGAAGGAUUACUUAAGUGGGUUGUUAUACUGAUUAUCAUACAGCAUAACCCCAUAACAUUUCGGACUCGCCGGGAUGUCUGCUUUUGAACGCAUUUCUCUUUAACCUUCUGCAGAAAGCACACUCGGCAAAAAAUGGCUACUUAAGUAGCAUGCAUUUUUCCUAUUGAUUUUCGAUGGUCUUAUGAACUCAAAUAUUUUUUACAGAAAACAUGUACAAAAUAUGCUUUCCUUUGCUCAUUUGGAAGGAAGUCACAUUUUCUUUAUAUUUUAUGCCCGAAGAAAGUGUGUAUUUAUGAUUUAGAAAAGUUUCUAAUUAUGAGAUUUUUAAGACCUUGCGAUGUCCAUGCAUGCAAGACCGCACAUGUCCGUUUCCCAAUGCCCCUCAUGAAAUGUAUGACACAGUCCGGAUCCAUUGCAAAAUUUCAUAAACUCUUUGUGGUAUCCUCUUAAAUGCAUGGAGGAAUAGAUGAUUUUCCUUACGCGAAGAGCAUGCACCUUAUAGACUGAAAUUACUAAACGCUGAUGCAACGGCAGAUAAGACUGAAAAUUAUUCGGGAAUCGGGGAACCGUUUAAAGACCUAAGUAUACACUUUCUUUGGACAUAAAAUAUGAAGAUAAUAUGACUUCCAUCCAAAUGAGCAAAAGAAGGCACGUUUUUGUACAUGUUUUCUGCAAAAUAUAUUUGAAUUUAUAAGACCAUCGAAAAUCAAUAGGCAAAAUGCAUGCUACGUAAGUAGUCAUUUAUCACCGAGUGUGAUUUCUGCAGGAGGUCAAAGAGGGGUGCAUUCAAAAGCCGCCAUCCUGGCGAGUCCGAAAUGUUAUAGGGUUAUGCUCUAUGAUAAUCAGUAUAACAACCCCACUUAAGUAAUCCCUCCUAAUCGGAAACGUAUUCCCUAAUUUUUGCUAACAUUUCAUGAGAUCAGUCACGCACUUUACGUGCCAUUGACCGCCUGUGGGCUGAAUGUAACUAUUAUGCGGUUAUUUCGCUGGAGUUGACUGAUUCAAUUCAACUCUUAGACAGAACCUAAGAGGGUUUAUCCCGGAAAAUUGGCCCCACGACUGCAAUAAUAAGUUAGCCUACUCUAUCUUUUUCGGUGAAUGCAACAUUAGGCUUCGUGAGGCAGCGCCGGGUGCCCUCAAACACGGCGCAGCCGCACCUACGAACGUUUCAUCUAGACUUAGCGUUUGACGGUCAGGCUGUCGCUCAUUGGUUGUGUCUCCGGCGCCAAGUCAGCUUACACUUUGUUUUAACUGUGAUCUACCACCCAGAAGCGCAGUCAGCGGGAGAGAGAGAGAGCAUAAACAAUGGAGAAGUUUAUCGGAUCAUGGGCGCUCGAGAAAAACGAGAACUUUGUUGAGUACCUGCGUCGCCUCGGUGCUCCCUACAUGAUUUCUAAGCUCGUUAACCUGCUGCCCGUGACGGUUAACAUACGUCAGGAGGCAGACGAAUACACCAUCGAGAACGUAACCACCCUGAAGAAGACUAAGGCGAGGUUCAAGCUUGACGAGCCCUUCGAGGAAACCAGCAUGGGUGAUACCACUUUCAAGGUUAGAUGGUGCAUGCACUUAACUCAUAUUCAAAACUAGUCGCUGAUUAGACUCGAAAAUGGAGAACUUCACUACCAGCAGCGUGGAAAGAAGGAGAUAAACGGCACGUGGAGUGUCGAUGGCGAAACCCUGAAUGUUGUAAGUUGGGAGCACGACAGCGUACUUUUAUUCUAGAAAUUCAGUCCUCUUGCCUAUCUGAUUGGUCUGAGGGCAUUAGGCCUCUUUGCAUCCAAAUACUCAUUUCCACUACCUUAAUUCUCCCUCGGACCUUUGUACUUCUGGCUUAACAGAGUAGCAUUCGCGGGACUGCCCUGAUUGCAAGAUGGCCUACGGGUUUUCCAUUUUCUGUAACAUAGGAAGGAAAACGGGGAAGUUAACGGCCGAGGGAUUUCGCAAAUCAGAAGGGCGCAGAUCUACCAGGGCAAGCUGAGGUUGACCACAUGGUCUAACUGUUUGCAUAGGUCGGGUUUCUCCCGCCGUAUGUAGACUGCCUCCAAGUAGCGCAGUAACCGAGUUGUUCGGGCUCGAAAAGAUGUUUUGGGGUCAACCGAAUGACCCUGAUUAAACGGAGAUAUCCAACACGGUUCAUUGAAAAGUGCGGCAACAAUUUACAGCCAAAAUUGACGGAGCAAUCGGUUCCGAAAAAGCCCGUUGUAAUAGCUUUACCCUUUAAGGGUGACAACAUCUCAAAUACCACCAAGCGGCGAUUGAGAUGCGCCACUGAAAGAAUAUACAACUCAGCUGAACUCAUAUUCUGCAGCCCCACCAAGGCUAUCCAAGUUCCACGGGCGAAGGAUGCCUUGCCAUUGCACGCCACGUUCAAUUGUGUUUGCGAAUUAACAUGCACUUGUGGAUGCAAGUACACUGGGCGAACGCAAAGGCAAUUGGCAGCCAGGUCAGUUGAGCACCUGCCUAAAUGGCUUCUAAAGCAUGAGAAUAAAAUCCCACGGUCUUCUAUUACAAACUACCUCCUUGAUAGCGGUCAUUCGGUUGACCCCAAAACAUCUUUUCGAGGGUUAGUUCGAGCACGAACAACUCGGUUACUGCGCUACUUGGAGGUAGCCUACAUACGACAGGAGAAACCCGACCUAUGCAAACAGCUAGACAAUGUGGUCAACCUCAGCUUGCCCUGGUAGAUCUGCGCCAUUUUCUGUAACACCCGUCUGGAGCCCCCAGGCGAUCGUAUGAACAGUUAAUAAUCUGGUAUAUGAAAGCAUGGGAAAGGCUAACCUAUGUGGCUCUCCCGCGACAGGAUACGGGAAGAUAGACCCCCCCCCUCCCGGAACACGGUUGUUUUGCUCCAAAUUCAAGGUUGCGAUUGAGACUAGUGUUAGAAUCAGAAUGCCGGAACAGGUAGCAUUCCUCGAAUUUGGCGUACGGUCACGCGCGCGGGGUGGGGGAACCCUCCGACUUCUGUGUCCUACUGAGGAGGCCAUGUAAGUUAUCCGCACCAACGCACGCCUCAAAUGGCUGAAUCGGACUCGAAUCUCGGGCCUUAUCGACCUGGGUUGGCGUACAGCUAUUUAGAUACGGUCAAUCCCAAUCUCCCUCAUCUUUGUGAGUAGUAUUCGUCAAUCCGGUGUAUGUGCUGUAAGUCCACCUUUGCCAUCCUACCGAACCCCUAAGGGGUCCCUAUCCUGCAUAUGUUCCCAGAUGUCUUCGACCUGCCUAACACACUUAUUGGUAGGAUGUCCAACCUUCCACCUUGUGUUCCCUGUCUUUGAAUGUUGCCACCUCAAAGCACUCAGGAUUGCUCUGCAAAAAGUUUGGUAGCAGACCCUCCAGAAGAAAUAGAAUGAUGUGCAUUUCCUGCAAAAAUUCCUUGUUUUUAAAUUUUAGGUUAUAAAAGUUGAGGACAUCGUUUGCCGUCGCACAUACAAGCGCGUGGAGUAG